AGGGUGAUUAAGAGACUGCUGACGAUCUAGAUAAUACCAAAAGGCUGCGUUGCGAAGAUCGCUGUCUUGCUGGUCGAUUUCAGGGAACGCUGAGUUGAGAGGGCAAGCCAUGAAGUUUACACUCAGGCUCAGCGAGUACGGUGGCUCCAUCAAGAGCCAAUGACGAGAUUGCCUGCAGCUCUUGCAUAAACCAACCCACUUCAUACUGAUAUGGCCUGCGCGAAUUGCAAUCUGGCCCUACGGGUCUGGUGUCUCAAGGUGGGCGAUGAUAGGGCCUCUCGUAUACUAACUUCCACGGCGGGAUUGAGUGCGUACACAUUUCUACAUACAUCUUGCAGUGCGAAUAUACCUCGCCCCCGCGGUUGCCGACAGACUUCUCACGGAGAAGACCGCAAGAAGCAACUCCUGCAGUCAGCUCUAGGCCUUUACCCCAGGUCUUUCGUCCACCAAGCGAUCCUCCCGCACCGGUCAAAUACUGUGCGUCAUGGUAGCGGGUCGUUUCGACCCAUUUCAUCCUGUCUGACCGGUCUAAUCUGCAAGUGCCGAUGCGACCUGCUCUCCAACUUUUCCUGUCGGCUUCCAGUUUUGCAGAGCCACUCACCAGUCACAUCGCGCGCAAGACGAUAUCAAACGUCAUUAUCAUGGGACGAUCUGCCAGCCGGGCAAGUUGGCGAUGGCAAAGACAUGAUGUUUAUGACCAAAACAGUGGGUUUCGACACAACUCACUGCAGUAGUCUCUACAUGCGGCCGCACACUAGACAAUCAAGAGUCGCCCGUGCUCGUCGGAACGGCGUCCCAUCUACUGAAUUUCAUGGCUUUUACAUCUGGAGGUGGGGUUAAAUCAGGGGUUAGCCUGUCGUCCAUUAGCGUUAUACCAGCUUUAUCCCUGGUGCUUCGCGGAUUGACAAACACCACGGCACAGCGGCAAAGCGAACGCGAUUGUACGCACGCAUCGCAGCUUCGACAUUGAUUAAGGCAAGCCUCGGGGUCAUACUCCCCAUUCAGCUCCUGCCAGUUUGAACAUGUCGAUCCUGAUCACGUCAACGGCCUAAAACCUGACCGAACAAAUGUCUUCAGAUCUCAAGAUGCUCCAGGGACUGGCGUACUCCCCACACAGUGGAUACAUCGGCCCGCUUCUCACCAGAUUCCUCUGAUCUGGCCUCUCAUGCUUCCCUUGCGUAUC